AUGACUCGAGACGAGCCUGAGGUUGGACAACAAAGUCUGUUCUAUCACGGUCAAGCGAAGGAUUUUGUCGACCUACAUGAACAGGUCAAGACAAGCGUAAAUCUUCUGGAUUCUCUGGAAUCAUUUCUGUCUACGUUUCAAAAGGACCUUUCAUCUGUAUCCGGCCAGAUUUCAGAGCUACAGGAAAGGAGCAAAGACAUUGAUAACAGGCUGAAGAGUCGACGCAGAAUAGAGAAACCGCUUUCGAAUCUUCUGUCAGACCUCGCAAUACCUCCGUCACUUGCAGUUACUAUCUUAGACACAGAUGUUGGGGAGCCUUGGAUAUCGACUAUCACUGACUUCGAACGACGACUGGAUGGUCUCAAGGUUCGGUCUCGUGUCAAAGCUGCCAGGGAUCUUGGAGACGUUGCGGAAGGGCUUCGCAUAGUAGCAGCUACCAAAUUACGAUCCUUCUUUCUUGCAUUACUACAGCCGAUACGAACAAGUGUCACGACGAACAUGCAAGUUAUGCAGACUUCGAUCUUUGUGAAGUACAGAGCAUUAUAUGCAUUCCUCCAACGGCAGGCGCCGAAUGUUGCCAGUGAGAUUCAAAAGGCUUACACUGGCACAGCCCGCACAUACUACGAGACCGGGUUUCGUCGUUAUGCACGCAGCCUAGGGUGGAUCAAGGCAAGGACCCCACAGAAACCAGAACCUAUUAUCUCAGGAAACGGAGACAAUGGUGGACCAUCCCUAGAUCAAGAUCGUCUUGCAUAUGCAAAGAUAGAAGGAUCCGGCGUCAUUCUCGCGUAUAUGGCAGAUGACAAGACUCACGAAGAGCCUAUCGAAGCCAUUCUCAGGUCCCUUCUUCUGGUGUUGAUGGAUAAUGCCACCGCAGAAUAUUCGUUCAUCACCGCCUUCUUCCGUUUUGAGUCCUUUGCGCCCCCUGCAAAGGAACAUAACAGCGCCAUAUUUUCACCCUCUGCCAUGCUUUUGUCGCCUGAUUGUAGCUUUGACGAUAGGAGGUCCAAUGCCGGUUCCGAAAUGGGUACGCAUGUUUCAAGAACCUUCGGCGGUAACGGGCACGAACCUCGUGAUGUGACAGUACAACCCAACAUUAUGGACAAGGUUGAGCGUGCGCCGUUAGAUGCCAUUUGGAAACAAAUCCUAGACCCCGUUCUAGAAUAUUGCAAGGCUUUCGUGACCACCGUUCUUGAACCCAUGCCGCCGGCCGUGCCACUACUCACGAUGAUCCGACUCACGGAGGCUGUAAUUACUGAAGUGCAGAAGAGGGACUGCCCGCCCUUGGAAUCUUUUUUGUUUACCAUGCGGUUGCAGUUGUGGCCUGUGUUCCAGAAAAUUAUGUCGGAACACUGUGAUGCUUUGAGGAAGAUUGCUGAAGGUGGAACAACUAGCUACUUCAGCAGAGCUGCGUCAACGACGGAUGCGUCCAUUGCAAAUAUUUGCAACAGAUACAUUGUGAUGUUUAAUUCCUUCGUCAUUCUGACUGACCAGGAAGAAGAGACUAUGAUUUUUUCCAACCUCCUUCGUCUCCGACAGGAGCUCACGAAAUUGAUCGCUCGCCACACGGAGAACAUCAGUGACGAUGUUGCCAAAGCUACCAAACAGUCGGCAAUGUAUGAGGUUCUUUUGCAAGGACUAAACAAAGGGACACAUUUGAGCACGCACCCCAAAUCUCAGAAGGAGAUAGCUUACUGGGCGGAGAAAGAAGAAGAGGCUCGACGCCGAAUUGUUUCUAUUGCUCAAAGUAGACGUAUUGGUAAGAGAUAA